CAAGUUGGCAGUUCAGUUCCAAUUGUUGUAAAAACCCAGCUAAAAUUUCAGUUUUGCGAGCAUUUUGCGGACUUAAAUCAACAAAUUAUAGAUUGCGAAACGUGUAAAAAGUGCAAAGGAGAUGCUCUAAGAUCAAGGUCAUAGGCGAAGGUCACCAACGGCAGCUAGGGCAACCACAAACGUUCGCUUUUUCAGGAAAAACUUGUCUCCAGCGAUAAUUCGAAGGUCACCAAAGUGUCUGCCUACGAAAGCAUGGACCUUCAGCAUAUGGAAAAUGGCCUAAGUGGCGGGGGAGGAGGAGGCGGUCUCAGCGAAAUAGAUUUCCAAAGGCUGGCCCAGAUUAUAGCCACCAGCAUCCAGAAGGUGCAGCAGAAUGUGUCCACGAUGCAGCGCAUGGUCAAUCAACUGAACACGCCCCAGGAUUCUCCGGAGCUCAAAAAACAGCUCCACCAAAUAAUGACCUACACCAACCAGCUGGUGACCGACACAAACAAUCAAAUAAACGAAGUGGACAAGUGCAAGGAGCGCCACCUGAAGAUCCAGCGGGAUAGGCUCGUGGACGAGUUCACGGCGGCAUUGACCGCAUUCCAGGCCGUCCAGCGCAAAACGGCGGACAUCGAGAAGACCGCGUUGCGGCAGGCGCGCGGAGAUAGCUACAACAUCGCCCGUCCACCCGGCUCAUCGCGUACCGGCAGCUCCAACAGCAGUGCCAGCCAGCAGGACAACAACUCCUUCUUCGAAGACAACUUUUUCAAUCGCAAAUCAAACCAACAGCAACUGCAAACUCAGAUGCAGGAGCAGGUGGACCUGCAGGCCCUCGAGGAACAGGAGCAGGUCAUCCGGGAGCUUGAGAACAACAUUGUGGGCGUAAACGAGAUAUACAAAAAGCUGGGCGCUUUGGUCUACGAACAGGGACUGACUGUAGACUCAAUCGAGUCGCAGGUGGAACAGACUAGCAUUUUCGUCUCUCAGGGCACGGAAAACCUGCGCAAGGCGAGCUCUUACAGGAACAAAGUCCGAAAGAAGAAGCUGAUUUUGGUGGGCAUCCUGAGCGCCGUGCUGCUGGCCAUCAUCUUGAUACUCGUCUUUCAGUUCAAGAACUAGAGCCAGCCGGCCAAUCCAAAUAUUCAAACCAAACUAGUUAAAUGUUGUGAAAAGACAAGAGUUUCCGCAUGAAGGCCCCUAACCCCCGUAAUUCCCCACCCACUCCUUUGGACCUUAGGAGAGAUUGUGGCUUCAAUCCUUAAUCCAACUUCCAGUACUGGCUAAAUCGCAAAACUCGAAGACAAAGAUUGAGUGUUUCCAGGAGUAUUCACCGGCACGUGCAUAUGUUAUAUUUGCUUUAAAAAAUAUCUUAUAUUUUAUGUGUACUGCUUUUAUUAUUACGCACCCUGUAUAUUGAUUAUUAGUAUUGAUAAACAACUGUUGGCUUUAAAUUCUAAUUAUGUUCCGAAAUUCAUUCGCCAGCGCUUUGUAUUGUAUUGUAUUUAGAGUUAAGAGGCAGAGGAAGCCAUAUAUGCGAUGGCAUACACACAUGUACGAAAAAUGAAAUAAUAAACAUGAAAAUCGA